AUGACUUCUCGUCCAGUACAUGUCGGCAUUGUUGGUGCGGGUAUUGGUGGGCUGGCUGCUGCGAUUGCAAUAAGCCUAGCCGGCGCCCAAGUCACCGUGUUGGAAGCGGCUGAAGAGCUAGGUGAAAUCGGAGCAGGAAUCCAGAUGACCCCAAAUGUUUCCGUGCUUCUUCAGAGGUGGGGCGUGGAUAAGGUCAUUGGAGAGAACCUGGUGCAAUUUGAAGAAUUGAACAUGCGGCGCAAAGAUGGUACACCAGUCGGGUAUACCAAAAUUGACACAAUCGAACGAGAUCUUCAAAGACCAUGGUGGGUGGUUCAUCGGGCGCAUCUUCAUGAGGGCUUGGCUACGAUUGCUGCAAAGGCCGGGGCCACGAUCAAGAUUGACUCACGCGUCAUCAAGAUCGACCACCAAGCUGAGAAGGUCGCCGUGACUACUCAGAAAGGGGAUUCAUACACGUUCGAUCUCUGCAUUGGCGCGGAUGGAAUCAAUAGUAUUGUCCGUCGAACAUUAUUUCCAGACGUGCGGCCGGAACCUCCAACCACCAACUGUGCAUACCGAGCCAUGGUGCCAUACGAUCAAAUUCGCCAGGACCCAAUUGCCAAAGAGCUCAUCGAAAAGCUGACCAUGGAGGUGUGGAUGGCUCCUCAGUCCUAUAUAAUUACAUAUCCAAUUUCGGCCGGCACCAUGUUCAACUUGGUCCUUUCACACCAUCGACCGGAAAAGCUGCGGGCUACCGAAGACGAAGUGCCCAUUGAGGAGAUGCGAGAGGAAUAUAAGGAUUAUGAUCCACGUAUCAAGCGCAUCGUAGAUAUGAUCCCGGAAGUCUCGCGUUGGCCACUCAUGGUGACUGGCCCCCUGAAAUCUUGGUCGUCACCCCGGAAGAACGUGGUUCUUAUGGGCGAUGCAGCCCAUUCCAUGGUGAACCACAUGGCGCAAGGAGCAGCCACUUCAAUGGAAGAUGGUGCUUUCCUCGCCAAGUGCCUUGAGGCCGUUGUUCAGGGCAGGAUCGGUAUCCAAGAGGCUGUCGAGAUCUACGAGACAGAGCGCAUGCCCAAAGCAUUUGCUAAACAACAAGUGUCCUAUAUCAAUGGAGCCAUCUGGCAACUGCCAGACGGGCCUUUGCAGCAAGGACGUGACGCAGCCAUGGCACCCGAGCUGGAAGGCACAUACUUUGUACGCAGCAGCAACCUGUAUGGGGACCCACAGACCGUGAUGGAUGUUUAUGGAUAUGAUGUUCAGGGACAUGCCGAAGAGGCGGUACGGAAGUACUGUGACGGAGGCAAAGAACCAGCUCAUCCCGUCACGGGCGUCACUCCUACGUUGCAGCGCAAGUAUAUGGAUUGGUUCUUGCCAAACAAAGCCAGACAAGCCGGGAAG